AUGGCCGAGUCAUUGGAUCGAAAAAAUUGCACUGAAAAGGUCAUUGCUCAGUCAAGCGAGCCCGCCAGACCGCAGGAUGGCAAGGACGGCCAGUCUGUUGAGGCUGGCUCUGACUCUGGCUCUGUUUUGGCUUGGGUGCGGGUGGUUGAGCGCGGCGAGCUCUCGCCUCACGAUGUAGCGCAGAGGCUGGAUCAAGGUCAGGGUGAUGACGUGCAUCUCAAGCCCUACUUGGACAGCAUUUUGGCCUUGCCUACCUUUCUCCUCGACCGCCUGCAGCUUCUUGCCCCACCACGAUCAUCCGCACCAAGCUCUCCUGUGCGAGCUGGGAGCCGAACUACAGCACGCACUGCGAGCCUCCCUCGACAUGGGGUGGCCACGCAAUGCAAGCCGCUUCAAACCAGCAAUAGCGAAGCUGGCAUUGCGCCCGACCCCAUCUCUGGUCCACGGCGGCGUGUCCCCACAAAGCGCUUGGUCCCGCAGCCUUUAGUUGGUCCCGAACGCGAUGUCACAUCGACGCCUGUCACGAAAAAGGACGCACGAAUAGCACCCAUCCCCGCAGAGUCUGACUUUCCCUCAUUGCAAUCAACAACCUCUCAGCGCAGUGGGCGCCAAACUUCCUCUCGCUCCAAGCCCCACGCGUCUGGCAACUUGUCCGGCUCCGGAGCAACGGCCGAUAGGCUUCCGGCGGCCCCACCGGCUGCCAGUCCCUGGUCUCGCACCAAGUCUGCAGGGACCACUUCACACACCUUUGACGUGGCUACGGCUAGGCCAGGUGCAACUCGUACCGUGUCUGUGAAAACCAGGUCGAGUAUGUCAAAUUCACGCCAGGGUUGUGACAGUGGUGGGACCACCGUAACUUCCCCUGCCCGAGUCACGAAUGCAGACGCAGCCCGGUCAUACUCUGGUGGUUCUCUUCCAGCCAUGGCAGAGACCACUCAGGAGAUUGGCCUUUCUGAGGCAGACUUUCGCUUAGCAGUCUUGCUUGGUGAGAUUGGGGCUUUGGUACUGGCGAAGUAUCGCCCACAGCUCCAUCCUGGGAUCGGCCGCGAAAUGCAGGUGCUGAGCCAGGUCGCGCGGGCUUGUCUCGAGGCUCUACGCUUGGCUCCUGCCUUGGAUGCUGCCGAGUCCAACUCAGCAAUUGUCGCAUCCGCAACCCAGUCUGGCAUUACGCCCGAUGAGGCUCAGCGCUGGGUGCCUGCAUUUAUGGUGACAUGCACCGUGGCUCUCUUAGCGCGCUUUCCUCGAUUGCUACAUGCACUGGGCGUCGGGUUUUGGCCUGCGGUUGAGGCCCAACUGAUUUGUUUCACUCCACGUCUGCAGCAGCGCCUGCGUGCUCUUUGGCCGAUUGCCUCUGAAAGGUCGAGCAGUGACGAGGGCUUGGCUACGCAGCUGGUGCGUCAUUUCGGCUCUUCCAUGGCUGGCCUCGCUGAGCAUUCUUCUUUGCCUCUCAACUCUUGCUCCUCGGUUUUUUCUUUUUCAAAUCUCAUUGUGGUGUUGAAUUUCUGUUGUCUGCAGACGAGUGCCUUUACGACUGUGGAUCCCCUGGCUCAGCUUUUAUUGCACGAGUCUCAGCAGGAGGUGGAUAAGUGGCUGCCCGUGCUACAGAGUUUGUACGAGGGCUACUGUCUGGCCACGGCAGACCAGCAUCGUGGCCACCAAUCUGACUUGCGCUCGUGGCGGCUACGCGCGGAGCAGGGCAAGGCUCAAGGCAAGCUCGAUAGCUGGGCUCAAGAAUGCUGGCAGCAACUGCGGGACUGCAAGCUUGCCUGGAUGUCGGCCGUUGCACGAGGCUUGCUGCUAAUGAUGCAGGACUCUUCGCUGUUGCUGCCGACUGAGAUGCGACACCGGGCCAUAGAACGACAACGGAUACGCUUUGAGUCGGCGCGCUUCCACAUUGUCUUUUCCUUUGUGCCAGAUUUGGUGGAUGUGCUUGGGUCGCUGGAAUUGCGCGACUUUCUCAGCCGGGAGCUUAUGGUGGCGCUCGAAGAGGCAGCGCGACGCACGGCACGGGAUCGUGAUUUGGUGACCGGCUUUAAUUUUCUUUUUUUUGGCGGCCGCGUGCUGGCGCAGCUCGUCUAUCGCACUUUGGCACGUCCUCUGCACCCAACAGCCCAGGAGCGAGUCGGCAUGGAAUUGCGGGAUCCGCUGUCUUUGUGUGUGCGCCUAGAGCGGGCGCAUCAAGAGCGCUGCCUUGUUGCCUGUUUGUGUUGGACCGUGUCUUGCGUGCAGUACUUGGCUGGGCCGGGAACGGCUCUCUGGCAUGGCUGCCCUGAAGUUUUGCAGGCCAUAGGCUUGCUCGUGCGAUUGGAGCGAGCUACCUCGCGCUUCGCUGAGCCCAUGCCACACGGUUCGCUACCCAUGUUGUUCGCCCACAUGCUGCUUGGAGAAACCUUGAGCCACCCACGGCUGGAGCGAUUGGUGACUCAAGCCCGCACAAGCGUGUGUGAGGCGCCCCCACUUUUGGUGCAGCUGGAACACUAUCAUUUUGUUGAUGCGCGACUUCCCGGGCAGUGGCGCAGCGACGGUGAGCUGUCCGCAGCGCUGAGGUCCAUUACGCAGCCCAUCCAAGGUCCAAGCAACGAGAAGGUAAUCAACCCAGAGCGUGUAACGGAUCGAGACAAGGCGGCGGGCAGCAAACCCCCCUUGUUGCAGCGCAAGCUGGGUCAGGUGGUGACGGUGCCUUCCAUAGAGGGGCAAAUGACAACGCUCAUCCAGACCAUUACGUAUGGAGUGGUGCAGAAGGUGCAGCUCUGGCUGCAGUCGUCAUGUCCAUCCAUUCGUGAGGGACACACAAUGGCGGGCUCUGACACUUCCGUGUUUCGGUCUUUGACCAACGAGAUCAACGUUGCUGGUGUUCUGCGUUGGACUUGGCGCAUGGUCGACCGUCAGCCCACUCUGGUCGCAGCCACGGCCAUGGGUGCUUUUGGUGUCCUGCUGGUGGCUGCAACUUCCUCCGAGAACGGCUUCACGCAAAAGGAUGACCAAGGUCGCUACGGCUCUCUCAUCCAGCGUCGUGUGCCCACCUGCAUCGGCAACCUGUUUGAUAUCCAUCGAUGGCUCGUCGAUCGCAUUGAUGUCUUUGGGUGCCGUUCUUGCGUCAAAUCAGGUGAUACAGCCGAGUCACAGGGUCUGAUCCCGCGCCUGUGCCGCGCUUUGUUUGAGCGCAUUGAUAAGGAGAAAGGCUCUGAUCAUGUUUUUAACGUUGAAGUCUCGUACCUGGAGAUCUACAACGAGAAGCUCUCCAAGAUCAAUCUGGUCGAUCUCGCUGGCAGCGAGCGGGCUUCUAGCACUGGCGCGACAGGGGAUCGGCUCAAGGAGGGUGCCAACAUUAACAAGUCCUUGACUGCCUUGGGCAAGGUGAUCAGUGCGCUGGCAGACGCCAGUACGAGCCAGGCCUCAGCAACCUCGAAUUCUACCGCUUCAGGCUCCAGCGGCAAAAAGAAGAAAAAGAAAGGCAAAAAAGGCCACAAGAACACCGGCGGCCCCAUUGUGCCUUAUCGUGAAUCGGCUUUAACCUGGUUGCUCAAAGAAUCUUUGGGCGGUACCCUUCGCUAUGCCAAUAGCGCCAAGCAGAUUGUUUGUCGUGCCAUUGUCAAUGAAGACCCAACUGCCAAGAUGAUCCGCGAACUCAAGGAGGAGGUGCAGCGUCUCCAAAGCAUGGUCAAGAAUGGGGCACCGGGGUCACCCAAGCGUCCCUCUCCCAAGGCUGAGGCGCAUGGGAGCGGCGAAGACAGCGACGAAGAGGAAGUGGAUUCGGAAGAUGCGGUUGAACAGCUUGCCGUGACCGAAAAGCUAAUGAAGGAACUGACCACCCCAUGGGCGGAGCGGCUGGAAUACGCCGAUCGUCUGCGCUCUGACCGCGAUCAGAUUCUCAAGGAAAUGGGCGUCAAAGUGGACGAGGGUGGAACAGCGGUCGGGCUCAGCAGCCCCCAAAAGCAGCCCCAUCUCAUGAAUCUUGGCGAAGCUUUGGAUGAGGAGGAGUACCUGUUGUACUAUCUGCAGACGGAUCGUACCAGAAUUGGUGCGGCCGAUGAUAACGAUGUCACCCUGAUGGGCGAUGACAUGCAAGAUCACCACUGCGAGAUCUGGGCGCAGCACGACUGUUUCUUUCUGGUGCCUACAGCCCAAAACGUGGCUCUCAAGCUCAAUAAGACGGUCUGCAGCACACCUGUGUUCUUGACCACGGGUGCAUUGCUGCACAUGGGGGCGGAUCACAUGUACCGUUUUGUGCAUCCAGCGCAAGCCCGCCUCCUCCGGGACGCGGGCAUCAAAAGCAAGCGGCAGGCCGUGGACGCAGCCAAGCCUGAGGCAGAUGAUCUGCUGCGCCUGCAUACCGAUGAGAAGCGCCUGGUGACAGCUAACUGGGUCGAGAGCAUUUUGGGCCGGGAGCUCGAAGGCGAGGAUGAGGCACCAGGAAUGGAGUUGGAGGCGCUUUACACGUUGGCACUGGAGGCUGCCGCAGCCAAAAAGACCGAAACCGAGGAUGAGAGCGUGCCAGAGGCCAGCCCCCUUGAGGCUGAUUUUGCGUUGGCACUAAAUUGUUUGGCUUUGUUGCAGCGAUUGGUCGUUGAGCACGAGGACCAGAGCGCAGGCACGUUGCGGCUGAAGCUUGCAGCACGGCCCACGCAGCGUCGCAAGCGUGUGCUGCCUUCCCCCAAAAUGGCCAGCGCCAAAGCAAGCGCGGCUCAAUCUGAGGAUGCAGGCGAAGCCAGCCCAUCACCCACACCCGCCCGGACAUUGCCAACGCCCGCGGCCACAUCAGUGAUGACGGCUCCAAACUCAGACGCUCAAGGGAGCAGUGCCGUCGCUACUGCAGAGCACGCAUCUGCUGCGAAGGGCGCCGUAUCGGCGGGCUCUCCAUCAGGCUCGGAGGUGUCCGCCGAACAAAAUGUUACGAGCCUCUUUGAUCGAAUUUCAAAUAAGGCUGUUUCAGCGCUCCCGCCUGCGUCUGCAGCCCAAGCUGAUAGUGGCUCCGUGGCGCCCGACACUGAAGCCACUGAAGCUGAGGCGACCGUGAAUCCCCUGGAUCGUCUGACCACAUCACAGGCCGAUCGCUGGCUUCGUGCACAAUCAGAAGCAGGCACAAGCUUUUGGACGCAGGGAUUGUCCGGCUUUGCUGGGCUCUCCGAUCAAGCCGGGAGCCUGCUGGACAAGUUUUUGGCGGAAAACAGCGCCACGGAGGCAGGCGACUCGGAAGAUGCGCGGCGUCGUGCUGCUCUGGAACGCAUGAGCGCUGUGGCUCGGGAGCGUGCCAACCAACAAGGCGACGAGGGCAACAAGGCCUCGGACUGUGCUGUUAUCAUGUGA